AUGCACGGCUCACUGGAGAACCGUCCCAAAGUCUGGGACUACGAAACUGUCUUGGAGAAAAUCGGUUAUGGAAAAACUCAAUGGAUUUUAUUGUUGGUCAGUGGACUUUUAACAAUAACAACAGUGGCUGCCCAACAGGCAAUGGGCAUAAUUGUGAUUGCCUCGCAAUGUGACUUCCACACCACGCAGGCUGAAAAAGGUGUAAUGAUGGCCACAAGAACGGCAGGUUUGGUCCUAUCGACCAUUAUAUGGGGAUACAUUAGUGAUGAUAUAGGGCGACGCAAAGUUUUGGUCUAUGGCACUUUUGCCAGUAAUGCCUUGCAGUUCAGCCUCAUGUUCGUCUCAGACCUUUGGCUAUUUAACUUUAUUAAUUUUCUUGCUGGAAUUAGUGUGGGUAGUGUUCCAGCAGCACUUUAUCCAUAUUUAGGUGAAUUUAAUAUACCCCGACAUAGAGCUGUGACAAUUAACUAUUCGACAAUGUUUGUCACCGUUUCAGCGAUAAUUGUUCCAGCUGCGGCUUGGCUAAUACUUUCUUACGAUUGGACAAUAACCUUUGGUGAUUUUGUCUUUCGACCAUGGCGUUUAAUGUUGCUAAUCAAUCUUCUGCCUGGCUUAAUCGGAGGCUUAGUGUUAUUAUAUUUCCCCGAAAGCCCAAAGUUUUUGCUGUCCCAAGAUAGGACCCAAGAGGCAAUAGAAGUUGUCUCCUGGAUAAGUAAAUUCAACAAGGGAAAACCUAUUCAGCAGGUUAUGGAUUAUGAAGAAUUCACCUUAAAGUCGGAGGAUCCAGAAGGCGAAAGAUUGUUAUCCGAUAGUCAGAGUGGCGGUAUUUUAACCAAAAUCGUUCGAGCAAAUAUGCCACUUUUUCACAAGCCGCACAAUUUGAAUUUUAUACUCUGUAAUUUGGCAGUUUUUGGUUUGUUUUUCGGCUCAUGUGGCGUUCAAGUUUGGCUUCCAGAUAUUGUUAAUAAAUUAUCUGGCGAUGGAAACAACUCUUCAACUGUGUGCGAAAUAUUAAGCGUUCCUGUUGGAGCUCCACAAAAUGUCGCACUAGAGGACUGCACAGUUCACAUCUCAAGCAAAACCUAUGUAGACAACUUGAUUGUGGGUUUUGCAUUCUUGUUUGGUUUUUCCAUUCAAGGCUUUCUACUCAAUCCCUUGGGUCGCAAGAAUGUCCUUUUUGCUGCUCUUGGCGGUGCAGUUUUAAGCGGAUUUUUACUGCACUUUAUAGAAAAUCCCACAGGUGUUCUGAUAUUGUUUUGCCUUUAUAUACUGCUGCCAGGACUUUGCAUUUCCAUUAUGAUAGGAGCCAUCGUUGAUCUGGUGCCCACACAUUUAAGAUCAAAGGCAGUCAGCUUUUGCAUGUCUAUGGGUCGACUUGGGGUCAUUGCAUCCACAAACUGGAUAGGAAUUAUGCUGCAACCAUAUUGCAAUACCACCUUCGCCAUAUUCACUUGUACGCUUAUUGGGUGCGUUAUAAUUGUUCAUUAUCUCCCGAUUAAAAACUCUACUUGAUUAUAUUAACG